UGUCCCCAUAUGAGGUCGCUAUGCAUGAAAGGAUUCAAAUGCCUUCACCAUGAUGAUCCCCCCAUGUUCUAUCAUAGUUCUUGUGCUUUCCUCUGACUUGUCAAUAUGGACACUUCCUCGAGAGGUGCCCAUAUUGAGGAGCAAUAUGACUAGGCAUCAGCUAUAGAGCCCUGUAUGACCUGUGGGGACAGCCUGUAGUGCUGGAUCCGUGUUACCCCUCAUUAGAUUCCAAUUGCUACCUGGGUUUGCUUGAAUGGUUGUUGAAAAGGUUUAACUAUGCUGUCCCAGUGCAUAUAGGAAGUACUUAUUUUAGUUUCUUUUGUUUGCUUGAGGACGCCUUUUUUAAUCAGCUGAAGAUGUAUAAAACGGUCUCCAAAGCUGGUGUAUUAUAUAUACGCCUUCAUCUGGUCCUGUUAAAAGAUAUGAUUGAAAAAAAAAGACGUUCUUGUUCGAAUUUGUGUGAAAUGUUAUAGGCUAGGCUUUUUUUUUUAUGACAAAAUCGAUUUUUCUAGUAGAUUAUUUCUGGUGCAGUUGGAAUUGGUAACUAAUGUGACCUGGAGUGGGGGGCGUGGGGUCUUUCAGUAUUUUGGAGAGGCCGGUUCAACACUACCUGACAUUCCUGCUGCUGUAACAGUAUGCACGCCCACUUACAGGUAGAACAAAAGUAACUGUCUGGAAACUUUAACAGUCAGUCGGUAAGACUUUCCCCAGGAGGGCGAUUCUCACAUACUGUUUCUUAUGAAGAGAAGGCAUUCCUCUUGACGCUAUCUCACCUUCGUUUCGACACUCAGCAACAACAGGCAAUGGAGUACAUUCCUCCCCAGAGCGCGAUGGAUCCCAAGAAGGACAAGGAGCCAAGGAGCUUCAGAGACACACUCUGCUGCAAGGUCAUGACGGCAGCCAUCAUCCUGGUCAUCAUAGCCAUCGCCACCUUCAUCGGCAUUGUGAUUGCGUACGUGGUUAAACAGGAGUGCAGUUACUCUGAGACCAUGGAGCUUAGAGGCAUCGCAUACGCUCCCAGUUUACAGGACGAGACGUCAACGUAUUCUGUUGUUCUUUCAUCAGCGCUGAGGAGAAAGAUAAGAAACAUCUUCUUGGCUUCAUCAGUGGCAGAGUACUAUGUUGAUACGGACAUGCUACAGUAUGGCAACAAUAACGGCAGUGUGGUGGCUUCCUUCCGGCUAACCUUCAGCGUGAACAGGAUACACGCUUUCUCCAGGCACUUUGCCCAGGAUACCCUGCGACUGGGGCUGGACUCCUUUCUCCGGGAGCAGCCCUUGGGGGUCUUACAAUUUGGGGAGAUCACCUCUGUCAUCCUGCUGGGACCGAGCGGAAAGUCUUUCUUUAAUAUAGGGAGCGCAGAAACCUGCCCUGUCAACACCUUCACCUGCCAGAACAGCGAGUGUGUCCUAAAGACGAACCCUGAGUGUGAUAACAAAGCCGACUGUGCUGAUGGGUCUGAUGAGUCCUACUGCAAGUGUGGUACCAGGCCCGCCAUGUCCAGCCGGAUUGUGGGGGGCAUCGACGCUGAGCGAGGGGAGUUCCCCUGGCAAGUGAGUCUGAGGCAGAAAGGAUACCACAUGUGCGGGGCCUCUGUCCUCAACCGGAGGUGGAUCGUCACCGCGGCUCACUGCUUCGAAAGGUUUGACGACCCCAAGGGCUGGAAGGCCCUAUUUGGGACGAACCUGGCCACGGGCACAGAGCCCGGCGCUGUGGAGCUGAGCAUCAAAACCAUCAUCAGCCACCCCCAGUACAACAGCCAGACCUCGGACUACGACGUCGCAGUGCUGGAACUGGAGACCCCCCUGAACAUGGGGACCCGCAUCCAGCCUGUGUGCCUGCCCUCCUCCUCACACAGCUUCCCCCCCGGCAAGCGCUGCACUGUGAGCGGCUGGGGACAGCUCAGCCAGGACAACAACAACUUGCCCAACUCUCUCCAGAAGGCGGUCGUAGCCAUCAUCGACACAGCGCUCUGCAACGCUCCCUCUGCUUACAACGGCUCCAUCACUGACCGCAUGCUGUGCGCAGGCUUCAUGGAGGGCAAGAUCGACUCCUGCCAGGGUGAUUCGGGCGGCCCCCUGGUUUGUGAAGAGGCUCCGGGUCGUUUCUUCCUGGCUGGGAUUGUGAGCUGGGGAGAGGGCUGUGCCGAGGUCAACAACCCAGGGAUCUACUCCAGAGUAACAAAUUUGAGAAGCUGGAUACUCAGCCAUAGCAACCAAACAGAAACCAAUCUGAGGCCAACAUCUACUGCAACUACUACUACUACUGCCAUUACUACCACUACUGCCAUUGCUACCACUACCACUCCAACCACCAAGACACCCUCUACCAUACCAGCGGUAAACUGCACCAGCAACUUCCUGUGUGAGAAGGAUGUAUGCAUCAGUAAAGUGAACCCAGAGUGCGACGGAUUCAUCGACUGUGGCAGCGAGGCUGAUGAGGAGAACUGCGACUGCGGGGACAGGCCUGUGAUUGGCUUCCAGAAGAUUGUGGGCGGGGUCAACGCGCAGCGAGGGGAGUGGCCGUGGCAGGUCAGCUUGCAGUUCCAGCGCAUGCACCUCUGCGGGGCCACGCUGAUCCACAAGAAGUGGCUGCUCACUGCCGCACACUGCUUCGCAAAUAAACUGGCCCCGAGAAGCUGGGCGGCCAGCCUGGGCUCCCUCUCCUCCUCUGGGAAGGGCGGGGUCCGGGUCACCCUGCGGAGGAUCAUCCUGCACCCCCGAUACAACAGCACCAGCAUGGACCUGGAUGUGGCGCUGGUGGAGCUCUCAGUGCCAGCCCCGCUUGACGGCACCAUCCUGCCUGUCUGCCUGCCCUCGCCCUGGCACCGCUUCCCAGAGAGGACCGAGUGCUUCAUCAGCGGCUGGGGCACCACGGAGGAGGGAGGCUCGCCAGCCAAGUUAUUACAGAUGGCUUCGAUCGAUAUCAUCAGCCAGUCAGAGUGCCUGCAAUCCUACGCCAAUGGGCUCACCAGCAACAUGAUCUGCGCUGGCUUCAUGGAGGGGGGCACAGACUCCUGCACGGGUGAUUCUGGGGGCCCCCUGUCCUGCCGGGAGCCCUCGGGUCGCUGGUUCGUGGCUGGGAUCACCAGCUGGGGCCGCGGCUGUGCCAGGAACUCCUUCCCUGGGGUGUACGUGCGUGUGACGGAGGUGCGAGAGUGGAUUCAGAAGUACCUGCUCUACUAGAGUCGUCAGCUUUACAACCAGACAGAACAUCACAGAUAGAAUUGGGAAAUAAAGCUCCACUGGAAAUAUCUUGAAAGGCCAUCUCUCCCUGUGCUGUACCUUCAGCACAGCACCCCUGCUUUUCAUUCUUGUGUUGUUUAAAGGACUCUGUUAAGCAGCACCAGAAUGACAUGAGGGCAGGAGAGUACAGACAAGCAGUUAGUGUGAAACACACAGGGGGUUGGGGUAGCAAGAGGGAAUCAGUUGGAGAAUUGGCUGGUAUGCCACUCAGAAGUGGUAAUUUCAGUAACCCAGACUUGAAUCUUGUUUUAUGUAUAGGUCAGUUGUACAGAGGAACAAACUUAAGACAAGGGGAAAAAAUCACCCUGUAAUUAAGUGUAUUUUACUCUUAAAUGAAUUAUUUGGUGAACUUCUUUCUCCAAGAUUAUAAUCAUUUGAUUUAAUGAAGAAUGCUUUUCAAAUACCACAGCCCUCGAUACAAUCUUUUGCAUACUUGAAGACUUGUCUUAUCUAGGCAGGAAAUCAAAACAUUUAUCUAUUCAGGAAACUGUGGUAGACAAGGUAUGCAUGGCUGUAAUUGUUUUUUACUAUGCUUAUUUCCAUGGCUAUACUGUGCAUUUACCUCAGUGUACCCUGGCUUGCCAUGUUUAUUAGAAUGCUUUAGCAUACCUUGCUAUACUUUAAAAUGCUUGUAUUGGGCUUUAUUACACUUUGCUAUGCUUUUACUGUGGGAAACUUUUAUAAGGGCAUUGUAUUGGAUCCAGUAUCUCUGAACCAGUCUGAUCAAAAUGAUUGUUCACAUUACCCUUGCUGAAACUGGUUUCACAUCCAAAGCAAGGUUCAGUAACAUCCCUAGACCAGCAGAUUCAGAGACCCGUUUGAAAACUAGAAAAUCAACCCAGUGUAAAUAUUUCAAUUGAAAUGAACUAUGAAUAGGAUAAAAGAUUAAAAAAAAAAAAAAGUAAAAUAUCAAUUCAAUCAGAUUGUGGUGCAACCAAUUAAUUUAAAAUAAAAUAAAAAAUCACGUUACUAUUCUCA